GGCAUGCCAUUGGAGGCAGAAGAGGAGUCUCUGCCUGUCUGUGUCCAUGUCUCUGCUCCGUUCCCGGCUUCAUUCCGACAAAGACCGUCAGUGUCCCGCCUGCUGUGCUACCUCUGGAUUUAAGUCAGCUGGAUUACUGCUUGGACUCUCGGCUCAUUAUUCCACGCUGCCACAUUUAAAUGGGAGGCAAAGUUGGACCGCCAUGGAAUGCACGAAUGGUGAAAAACAGUUUGGUUUUUCUUGCGCUUUUAAGAGCUUCCUAGCAUUCAAAAUGAGCCCACUUUUCUUCUUUAAAAGUGUUUUUAUACGUAAAUUAAUUUGAGCUCUUUCUCUUCUGUAUCGCCUGUUUAAAGUAGGUUAGUUAUUUUGCAAUAUAACAUUUUGUACUUGGCUGCCAGGCCACAUUUUGAUGUGAAAGAUGAGUGGGGAAGCGGGAUAGAAUCAUGUCUCGAGCGUAACCUUUUGGAAAAGUCUGUCUUUUUAAAGCUGGUCUCAAAGUUUUACAUUGAAAAUGUGACUGUAUCACUUUAAAAAAAUUUUUUUCCUGGGAUCUGUUACUGUCAGAUUUUGAUUUUUUUUUUUUUUUUUGGUCCAUUACAUUGGACUGCAUGUGAACUUGCAUCUUAUCCAGUUCAUCCCUCUCCAAGGGAACCCUCAAACUAAACUCUUCCCUGUUAACCCACUUAGACUCCCGAUCUCCCCUGUGGGGUUUUCUUUAUAACAUUCGUCCUAUUCUAGUGUACUGAGGAAAGCAAAAGCCAAACCAGCAAAGGGGGUACCGGGAAGGAAGUCACCCCCCUCCCAAAGGUGAGAGGGGGGGAAGAUGGCAGCUCUCGCCAGCUCUCUCAUUAGACAGAAACGGGCGGUCAAGGACGACCAAGCCAACCGACCGGUAGCCAGCAAGCGCAAGCCCUGUCCUAAGAGCAACAAGUCCCUGUGCCAGAAACAGAUCCUUGUCCUGAUCUCCAAAGUACGGCUAUGCGGAGGUCGAAAAGGGCGAAAUGACAAAAGACCAGAGCCACAGCUGAAAGGCAUCGUUACCCGGCUGUACAGCCAACAUGGAUACUACCUGCAGAUGCAGCCUGAUGGCACUGUCGACAGCACAAGGGAUGAAAGCAGCUCAUUUUCACAGUUCAACUUAAUUCCAGUGGGGCUGCGGAUUGUGGCAAUUCAGGGGGCAAAGACAGGGUUGUACCUCGCCAUGAAUAGUGAAGGAUACCUCUAUACAUCAGAGCACUUCACUCCUGAGUGCAGGUUCAAAGAGAGCGUGUUUGAGAACUACUACGUUACGUACUCCUCCAUGCUCUAUCGGCAGACCCAGUCUGGCCGCUCCUGGUAUAUCGGUAUCAACCGUGACGGUCAGGUCAUGAAGGGCAACCGGGUAAAGAAGACCAAGGGAGCGGCACACUUCCUGCCUAAAGUUAUAGAGGUUGCAAUGUAUAAGGAGCCAUCGCUACACGAGCUAGUCAGUGAGCCAGUGAGCCCACCUCGGAAGACGGUGAAGACAUCAGAUUCGCCGUCCCUAAAGAAUGGACAGAAAGAAGCUCCCAAGGCUGAGGCCUCAUAGCACAGGAGAAUGAGGGUGGGACAAAGGGUAGCAGUGACACUUGAAACAAAGUUGCCCACUAUGCACUGAGGGUGGCUGGGGGAAUGGUCCUCAGCGGCCACCUCAUUCCAGAAGUGCACUCCAAGAUGCUGAGGGAUAAAGAGUCAGCAGUCCAUCAGCAGCCAAGAAGACCUAAGAGAGGAGUCCCCCCUCACCUGAAACCACAGAAGGAAAGCCCAGGGUCUGAGCCAGAACUCCUACCACCGCCACCCCACCCUUUCUCCCAGUGUCACUUCUUUCUGUACCUGUUGUGAUUUGCUUACGUGCAGCCCCAUUUAUUUCUCCGUCAGGAUCAAGCUUCUUUGUCUGCUGACAGUUUCAUCUUUUCUCAUAUGCCUUCCCCAUCAUCAGCUCUAUUGUACUGUAUAGUCACCACACACACACUCACACACACAUCCAGCACUGACUCCGCAGGAUAAUCCUCACCCAUGGGCUCCCUCUUGAGCCCUAAAGUUGGUGACAGUGUGGCUCAGCCAGCUUUCCACCCACCAUCUGCCUACCAGCUAAUCACUAAGGUCAACUAAAGCUCAAAGUGAGAUGAUAUGGCUUAGAGACGAAAGAAAUCUGCAGGAAGCUUGGGUCGGGUCAGGUCAGCAGCAACUAAAAACGAAUCCUUUUCCUCUUUUGUUUGCUUUCUUUGCUAGCUGUGAUAAUAACCGGAUGAUGCUAAAAACAUUAUAUUGAAUAAGCAGAGAGGUGGGGAUGGUUGCUUCAGUCCUGCUGGAGAUAAGAAAGCGGAAUAUUUGAAUUUCACAACAAAUGCUAUAAAGUUCAGGAGCAAGGAACUGCUUGGUGUAGGUGUAAGCAGUGGUUCCCAGUAAAAUAAAUUAAUAACCUGAAGCAGCUACUCUUCUUGGGAAGAUGAGCCAUAAAAUAUAAUUUACUUUCAUGUAUUUUUGUUUUUGUUUUUCCAGACUCUAAUGGAAAGGGUCAAAAGGCUUGAGCAAUAUUUAUACCAGCAAAAACAAAAACAGGGGCAGCAUAAGUAAGUGAGACAGUGCAUGACACCCUCUUUCUACUGCAGUAAUCUCUAACAGGUGAUCGCUAAUUAUGGCGCUCGCUCAUUAAAGGCUACAAAUGAAACAACUGGCUCAUAUUUUAAACCCGGGGUGGAUCAGUCACCUGAAAAAGCACGCUAGUGUACACUUUGCUCGGCAUCUGCUGUCAGAGUAAAGCCAGGUUUGAAGCCCAACAUCAAAGCCGAAGGAGCCUCUGAGUUGGAGCACUUGUUAUUCUGAGGAUGUCUGGCAGCUUAUCCACUCACUAGCUUUAUCAAAUCACCUUGGAAGAAUUGCCCUCAAAAAUGUAGUUGUCUGAGUGAACGUCUUGCUGUGAUUGUGUUUUAACCCCCUUAUGUCGCUGUCUUUUAGAGUAUAAAUGUUAGGUAAGAUUCUCUGUGAAUGAGUGCAUGCACAGAGGAUAGAAAGAGAAACUGUGGGUAACCUCUACUAUGUCCUUCAGACACAGCACAAUGUCUUUGACAUGUCUGUGUCGUGGAAUAGGUGAUACUUUGUACCACUCAUCACAUCUUUUGUGUGAUGUGUAUAUAUUUUAAAUGAAUGAGUGUCCUCAAAGGAAUCUUCAUUAAAUGUAACUUUUUCUUUUAGUUUCAAUUAACCGGUAUUUUGAUUGCAUCGAGACUGAACUGCAUGCAAUUUUAGAAUUGUAUGCAACUGACCUGAUACAAGGUGUCUAAAUGGGAGAUGUCAGGGAUAUUUCAGUAAUGGCUGCUGUUGGGUGCUGUCUGCUCUGGUAAGGGGAAAAACAAAUGUCACCACAAUGUUCAGUCAAAGUGAAUGGUGCAUGGAUACUACCAACAAACACAGACAGCGUUAAGUCCCUCGCUAUGACAGGAAAGAGCAAUGUUGGGAGAUGGGGAAGCCAAACGGGAAAAAAAAAAGCCUAUUAGAUGGCUGCUAAAAAUUCCCCGAUAAUUCUAGGAAUUUCUGUGCAUUGGCAAUAGAGUUUAAUUUGAAUGGUCACAUAAUGUGCAAAUGUGCAGACAUGCUACAGAAAGUGAAAUAGAGGCUUUACGAAUGUGCCGUAUUGAGGGUGAAAAGUAAGUCGGAAAUUGUGUGCGGAAUUGUAAAGAAGUCAUCACACGGUGGCGGUUAUUUAGGAAGAGUGACGGAUUAGGAGGUGUAUUCUUGAGGAAUGUUGAUAAGGAAUGUGUGCAGUAAAGUAAGCAAGAAUUUUGGCAGGAUUGCGCGCGGCAUGUGGGUAUGAUAAUGAAUGUGAGACAAAGAGGCACUGUGUGCUAUUUAGGACAGAGGGUCUAUGGAGGAAAUUAGUUGGAGGGCUUUUCAUUUUUUUAUCAAGUCUUUCAUUUUUCUGGGCUUUUCCAGAGGGAGCUUCACUCAGUUUAAAUUUGGAUAUUUUGUCCUUGCAUUGCAGACCUACAAAUAUCUAUUUUGGAAACCCAAUGUUCUGCCUCUCGGAGGAGUCUGGUACAGCCUUAUAUGGGUUCUAACCAUGCAUUACUAACUACUGCAUGAUAUAAAUGUGUCUGCACAGCAGGCAGCACACGAUUUUGAAUUCUGAAGUUGAUCACAAGUUCACUCUAUGAAAGGGAAGUACUUGAAGCCCAACGCAGUGAAUGACUGACAGGAAAGGAAUGAGAUGUAAUAGCUUUUUUUUUUUUACCAGACUUGCAACUAAUAGGAACUUUAAAAA